AUGUUUGUGUUGGCUUAUGUUCUUCUGAAUGUGAUUAUCCGUAUCGGUACUUUGUCGUCCCCCCACGACCGGGCGGGCGCCGAUGGGGAAAAGCCGCCGACGCCGAGCCCUGGCGCGGGCUCUCAGGGCUGGCCGCCCGCCGCCCGCCGCCCGCCUGGCCGCCGCAGCGGUCUUGACGGCCUUCGUCGCGGCUUCGGGUCGAAGGCCUACGGUGCCGCAGUCACGUCGCGGUGUUCGGCAUGCUGGGCCAGCGAUGGCGACGGAGGCCGAGGAAAGACACACGAGCUGGUAGUUCUCUCCUGGGAAGUACGCCGCUCGCGGGGUAGCACAAUUGGUCGACUGGCUGGGGGGCCGACGCCAACGCCGCCCACUGCAGAUGCGUGGGCAACGGGCCGCCGGUGA